AUGCGAUUGGUCAGCAUGGAGCAUCGUGGGCGGAGGGCAGCGGAGCCUGAGGAGGAGCCUAAUCGUGCCCCACCACCCCCGCCUCCUCCCUCUCAUCACUCUCAUAACUUCAUAAAUAUAAAGAACAAGUUCUUUAAUGAGCUUGGGCAUCUACCAAACCCUAAGAUCAAAUUGCCCAUGUGGGCAAUUGGAGCCAUAGUUGUGGUUGUACUUGCCCUGGUCGGCUGCCUUGCUUUCUGCAUUUAUAAGAAGUGCCUGGGAGGAAAGAAGAAAACAAAGAAAGUGAGAGAGAGGAAGGGAGGACGUAGACGGAUGAAAAAGGAGGGAGAUGGAGAAGGAGGCGAGGAACAAGCAAAGGAAGGAGAGGGCGAUGGUGAUAAAGAAGCCGAGUGUUAUGGAAAGUUGGAGUAUACUCUGGACUACAGCUUCACUGAAAAUCAGCUCAUUGUUGGUAUCUUACAAGCCCAAGACCUUCCUGCUAUGGAUAUGGGUGGAACUUCUGACCCCUAUGUUAAAGUAUAUAUGCUACCAGACAAGAAAAAAAAGUUUGAGACGAAAGUCCAGCGCAAGAACCUUUGUCCUGUUUUCAACGAGACAUUCAUUUUCAAGAUACCCUUUAAUGAUCUUGCUGGGCAGACCCUGGUCCUUCAAGUGUUUGACUUUGACCGAUUUGGUAAACAUGAUGUAAUUGGAGAGAUCAAAAUCCCCAUGAAUAGUAUUGAUCUGGGUCAACCCAUACAUGAAUGGAAAGACCUGGUUGGAGGAGAGAAAGAAGAACAAGAAAAGCUGGGUGACAUCUGUAUCUCCCUACGUUAUGUGCCCACCUCGGGUAAGCUCACUGUGUGUAUCAUGGAAGCCAAAAACCUGAAGAAAAUGGACGUUGGAGGUUUAUCAGAUCCUUUUGUAAAAGUGGUUUUACAACACAAUGGAAAGCGCAUUAAGAAGAAGAAGACAACUGUUAAGCAGAACACAUUGAAUCCUUAUUUCAAUGAGAGCUUUAGCUUUGAAAUCCCCUUUGCUCAAAUACAGAAGAUCCAGGUGCUGAUCACCGUCUAUGACUAUGAUAAGCUGGGGAGCAACGAUCCUAUCGGGAAGUGCUGGAUAGGGUUUGGUGCUAGUGGAGUGGGUCUGCGCCAUUGGUCAGACAUGUUGGCAAAUCCCAGACGCCCUGUGGCACAGUGGCACACACUUCUGACUGAAGAGGAACUAGAUGCUGCCCUUAAGACACCUAUGCGCUAA